AUGGUUGGUACCAUGUGGAAGGCGACUGUUUUGGUGGCUGUAUUCAUGUUCAGCCCUGGUGGUGAUGGGCUCUUUCCCUCCUUAUACAAAAAAGCUCGGGUUUCUGUACCACGUAAGGGAGACGUAGGAGAGCCAUUAUUUCUUACUCCCUACAUUGAAGCUGGGAAAUUGGAAGAAGGAAAAGGAAAGAGUAUGGUCCCUCCUUUCCCAGGAUCGAAUGUGAAGAGUUAUGCUGGCUACCUCACCGUGAAUAAGACCUACAACAGCAACCUUUUCUUCUGGUUCUUCCCGGCUCAGGUAGACCCCACGGUUGCUCCAGUGGCCCUCUGGCUGCAGGGAGGGCCCGGAGGUUCAUCCAUGUUUGGACUCUUUGUGGAACACGGACCUUAUUUUGUCACAAGUAACAUGACCUUGCGUCUCAGAGACUUUGCUUGGACCACCACACUUUCCAUGCUUUACAUUGAUAAUCCAGUGGGCACAGGCUUCAGUUUUACUGACGACCCCCAGGGAUAUGCAGUCAAUGAGGAUGAUGUGGCACGGAAUUUAUACAGUGCAUUAGUUCAGUUUUUCCUGUUGUUUCCUGAAUAUAAAGAAAAUGACUUUUAUGCCACUGGGGAGUCGUACGCAGGGAAGUACGUACCAGCCCUCGCACACUAUAUCCACACCCUCGGCCCCAUGAUGACAACGAAGAUCAACCUGAAAGGAAUUGCUCUUGGAGAUGCGUAUUCUGAUCCUGAAUCAAUCAUAGGGGGCUACGCCACAUUCCUGUACCAAAUUGGCUUGUUGGAUGAGAAGCAGAGAAAGUACUUCCAGAAGCAGUGUGAUGACUGCGUGAAAUACAUCAGGGAGAAGAGGUGGCUUCAAGCCUUUGAAGUACUGGAUAAACUACUAGAUGGUGACCUAACAAAUAACUCUUCUUACUUCCAGAAUAUCACAGGAUGUCCUAGUUACUACAACAUAUUACGGUGCGAGGAACCUGAGGACCAAAAUUACUAUGGGAAAUUUUUGUCCCUCCCACAAGUGAGGCAAGCCAUCCAUGUGGGAAACCGGACCUUUAGUGAUGGAUCCGAGGUUGAAAAGUACAUGCGAGAAGAUACAGUAAAGUCCGUUAAGCUCUGGUUAGCUGAACUCAUGAACAAUUACAAGGUUCUGAUCUACAAUGGCCAACUGGACAUCAUUGUGGCAGCUUCCCUGACCGAGCGCUCUCUGAGGGCCAUGAAGUGGAAGGGGUCCCAGAAAUACGAGCAGGCAGAAAGAAAAGUUUGGAAGAUCUUUAAAUCCGAUAACGAAGUGGCUGGUUAUGUGCGGCAGGUGGAUGACUUCUAUCAGGUAAUUGUUCGAGGUGGAGGACACAUUUUACCCUAUGACCAGCCUCUGAGAUCUUUUGACAUGAUUAAUCGAUUCAUUUUUGAGAGAGGAUGGGAUCCUUAUUGA